CCUAUAAUAUUCUGCGCAUCGUGGUGCCCGCCCAGCGUGCAUGGUUUGCCUAUAAAAGGGAGAAGCUAAGUGAAAUAUGCUAUCACCAUUGCACACGUUAAGCACAGCAGCUAGUAAAAUUACUAGCACCUAGCAACUGCGAAUUCAACCAUCUAGACCAGCUUACCUCUCGGUAGCAUGAACCCAACCAUCGCCAAGCCUCUUCUUACUGAUCUAGUCGCACAGACAGGGCAAGUCCCGUCGAGCCACGUUAGACCUAUCGGCGACCGCCCGGACCUCGCUAAUGUCGACAUCGAGUCCGGCGCCGGGAUCCCGCUCAUCGACCUAAAAAAACUCAACGGGCCGGAGCGCCGCAAGGUCGUGGAGGCCAUCGGCAGGGCCUGCGAAUCCGACGGGUUCUUCAUGGUGACGAACCACGACGUACCGGCGGAGAUCGUCGAGGGGAUGCUGCGUGUGGCACGGGAGUUCUUCCACCUGCCGGAGUCGGAGCGGCUCAAGUGCUACUCCGACGACCCCAAGAAGGCGAUUCGGCUGUCCACGAGCUUCAACGUGCGCACGGAGAAGGUGGGCAACUGGCGCGACUUCCUGCGCCUGCAUUGCUACCCUCUCGAGAGCUUCGUCGACCAGUGGCCGUCCAACCCGCCCUCCUUCAGGCAAGUGGUCGGCACCUACUCAAAGGAAGCUAGAGCGCUGGCGCUGAGGCUGCUGGAGGCGAUAUCGGAGAGCCUGGGUCUGGAAAUGAGCUACAUGGUGAAGGCCAUGGGCAGGCACGCUCAGCACAUGGCGGUGAACUACUACCCGCCGUGCCCGCAGCCGGAGCUCACCUAUGGGCUGCCGGGGCACAAGGACCCCAAUGCCAUCACGCUGCUGCUCCAGGACGGCGUGUCCGGCCUGCAGGUGCAGCGGAACGGCCGCUGGGUGGCCGUGAACCCCGUGCCCAACGCGCUGGUCAUCAACAUCGGAGACCAACUACAGGCACUGAGCAACGAUCGUUACAAGAGCGUGCUGCACCGCGUGAUCGUGAACAGCGAGAGCGAGCGGAUCUCGGUGCCGACGUUCUACUGCCCGUCCCAGGACGCGGUGAUCGCGCCGGCCGACGCGCUGGUGGACGACGGCCACCCUCUGGCCUACCGGUCCUUCACCUACCAGGAGUACUACGACGAGUUCUGGAACAUGGGCCUCCAGUCGGCCAGCUGCCUCGACCGGUUCAGGCCCGAGUGAUUGAGUAGACGGCUGGACGCCGGUCACGAGAAUGGAACGUGCAGGGGUUGUAGCGUGGCCAUCUCCCACGUAUGAUUUGUUUGUACGUGUGCCAUACUGGAAUUAAUCUAGACAGCAGUAAGGACUUGUUUGUAACGGCCCAAUCCUGGGCCAAUCCCCGUGCCUCGUAGAUUAGGCUGGGAUUGGAUGCAUGUAGACCUAAGCAUUUUGCGGGUUGAAAA